CAUCCACCUCCCUCCUAUCUCCUCCCUCUGUGCGGCUGACAGGCUCCUUCUCGCCUUGGACAAGAACUCAUAGAGAUAAUGGCUGUACCUCCCACCUACGUUGACCUUGGAAAAUCAGCCAGGGAUGUUUUUACAAAGGGAUACGGCUUCGGCCUUAUUAAGCUGGACUUGAAGACAAAGUCUGAUAAUGGACUGGAGUUCACCAGCACCUGCUCUGGCAACACUGAGACCAGCAAGGUUGCCGGGUCGUUGGAAACCAAAUACAAGUGGGCAGAGCAUGGACUCACCUUCACAGAGAAGUGGAACACUGACAACACCCUGGGAACAGAGAUCACCGUUGAGGACCAGCUACUUAAAGGGUUGAAGCUUACCUUGGAUUCCUCCUUCUCUCCAAAUACUGGCAAGAAAGGCGGCAAGAUCAAGACAGCCUACAAAUGCGACCACAUCAACCUGGGCUGCGACGUCAACUACGACAUCAACGGUACAGCUGUCCAUGGCGCCGCUGUGGUGGGCUUCGAGGGUUGGCUCGCUGGCUACCAGAUGACCUUCGAGGCGGGCCGGAACAAGAUCACUCAAAGCAACUUUGCUGUGGGAUACAAGACUGACGAGUUCCAGCUCCAUACGAAUGUAAACGAUGGCACUGAGUUUGGUGGGUCCAUCUACCAGAAGGUGAACGAUAAGCUGGAGACGGCCGUCAACUUGGCCUGGACUGCAGGAAACAGCAACACCCGCUUUGGCAUUGCUGCUAAAUAUCAGAUUGAUGCUGAUGCUUCUUUCUCUGCAAAGGUCAACAACUCCAGCCUUGUGGGACUGGGCUAUACUCAGACUCUAAAGCCAGGCGUGAAGUUGACACUUUCUGCUCUCCUGGAUGGCAAGAACAUCAACUCUGGUGGGCACAAGCUUGGUCUUGGUUUGGAGUUCCAGGCGUAGAUGGAAAAGACAGCCAGCCUCUCCUCCCCCACACACUUUUUUUCCCACCCACCAGAAAAUAAUUAUAUCUUAAACCUCUGUUGAUUAGUCCAGACCUUAAAUCUCCUUUUUUGUCCUUGAAAUGUUACAGAAACUGUGGAAUAACUUUAAGAUUGCAAACGGACCAUUUUAAUGUUCAAAAGCCCUAUCAAGAACAAAGCUGUAAUAGUUUCUUCAGAUUGCUUGUGUAGUUUUUAAGCAGAGAAAAAAAAUAGGCAGUAAAUCUUGAAUCCUACGCUUUUCUUUUAGUAUAGUCAUGCAGAAAGCUUUCGUUACUUUUUAAUCCAAUGAAAAAGGGAAAAUCUACUCUAGAUGAGCCCAAAACACAUUUCUGGCUUGGCACAGUUAGCAUGCAGUUGUGUUGUUACUCCUACAGAUGGUGCUGUUACUGUAGCUCUAGAAAGCACUUCUCACUCAGAUGGCUUUGUGGUUAUAAUUUUUUUUCAAACAUUUCCACACUGAGAGCUCUUAUGUCUGUCUUUGAUAUAUUAUAUGAUGGGAGGGGUUAGUUGUCCCGGAUGUAAGCAGCUGUCGUUAGCUCUGAGAGACACUACAACCCAACGUGUACAUUCUGUGUUUCUUGUCUCACCCGUCUUUCGUGUCUGUGCAUUUGAUGUGACUUAAGUUUUUUUUUUUGUUUGUUACAUAUAGCAGCAGAGAAUAUAAUUUUAUUGAGGGUUUUACAUAGUUAGAUCCACUCAAAGUCUUAAGGAAAAGACGCGUCAACCCUCUCUGAUCAAGAACACCGAGAUAAACUGUCAAGCACUGAUGUUCUGUACUCUUGAUAAGUUUGUGCUUCAAGGCGGAGGAUGAAACAAGCAGAAACACUCCAUGGAAUGGUUGUCUUCCACAACUGGUUUUUGGGGAUCAUGGUUAUUGUACUUGACAGUAUUGUCAUUCCCUGAUCUAAAUAAAGAAUAUCUUGAACCAA